GCAUCUCAUUACUCCAACUUACCUUUUUUCUCAAUCUCAUCAUCUCAUGUCUCCCAAUAAUUUAAUUUAUAUAUAAAAUUGAUUAUUGAAAAAUCAAUAUUUUUUUCUCUAAACUUGUUGAGAGUACUAUUCAAAAAAGAGUGAAGAAGAAGAAGAAAGGAAGCAGUUUUUUGUGGACUAAGAGGAAUCUAUAUGUACAAUAACAUAUUAAAUACAUAAGAUUUCAUAUAGAAAGUAAGGAGAGAAUUUCACAGAGAGAAUGGGAACUUGCAUUUCGAGACCAAAAGGGUGCGUCGGAAAGAGAUUAGAUUUGUCGAAAAAGAAAAAAUUCCGCAGAAGAAGAACUGUUCAGAGACGUGUUUCGUCUUCCGAUCGAUCUUGCUCUAAUCCUGCAUUUCAAGGAACAGCCAGAGCAAGUACAGAUCUUUCAUGGGUUGAUUGUACUUCGGUUACUGAAUCUGAAUUGGAUGAAGAUUUCUAUAGCGUUCGUGAAGAUUUUGUGUCUGUCAAUGGCUCCGAAAAUGGGUCCAGAUUGAGUGUUUCAUCUCCGAGAGGUUUUUUGAGUCGAAGGGAGCACAACGAAAAUAUUGAUGAGGUUUCUACCGUUGAAAGUAGUGGAGAAGAUGGGACGACACCACCAUUCGAUAAUUGUGGUCUUCUUCCAAAUAAUUGUUUGCCUUGUCUUGCCAACACUGUAGACAACAAAAAGAUCCCAGGUCCUUCAAGUUUAAAGAAAAAAUUGCCCUCAAAACUUUCCUUUAAAUGGAGAGAAGGGCAGCAUUCUGAUCAGGCAUUAAUUUCGCCGAAGGUUCUUCGACAAAGGCCAUUAGCAGGUUCUACAGUUCCUCAUUGCCCAAUUGAGAAGAGAAUGCCAGAUUGUUGGUCGCCCAUUGAUCCAAGCACUUUCAAAGUCAGAGGGAAAAACUAUUUAAGGGAUAAAAAGAAAGAAUUCGCCCCAAAUUGCGCUGCGUUUGAUCCUUUCGCUGUUGAUGUUUUCUUAUGUCCGAGAAAGAUCGAUCACAUUGCUAGGUUUGUGGGACUUCCUGCUCAGAAUGCAUCUGGCGAUGUUCCUUCAAUUCUUGUUGUAAAUGUUCAGGUGCCAUUAUAUCCUGUUUCUAUAUUCCAAGGCGAGAAUGAUGGAGAAGGAAUGUGCUUUGUUAUGUACUUUAAGCUUUCCGAAGGUUAUUCAAAAGAGCUUCCAUCUCAAUUUCGAGAAAAUAUCACUAAAAUGAUCAAUGAUGAAGUGGAAAGAGUAAGAGGUUUCCCUGUGGAUACAAUUGCACCCUUUAGGGAAAGAUUGAAAAUCUUGGGACGAGUGGCAAAUAUAGAGGAUCUUCACUUAAGCACAGCUGAGAAGAAGCUAAUGAAUGCUUACAACGAAAAACCUGUUCUUUCUCGUCCUCAACACGAAUUUUAUUUGGGAGAAAACUACUUGGAGAUUGAUCUGGAUAUGCAUAGAUUCAGCUACAUUUCUAGGAAAGGUAUCGAAGCAUUCCAAGACCGACUGAAGCUAUGUAUAUUGGAUAUUGGUCUUACAAUUCAGCAGGGAACUAAGCCUGAAGAUUUGCCGGAGCACAUAUUGUGCUGCGUCCGACUGAAUGAAAUUGACUCUACGCACUAUCAUCAACUGGGAUUUUAAAUCAAGAAACUCUUAGUCCAGUAGGCGCUAUUUUCUGAAGGGUUUUUUCAGCCAAUUCUGAAUUGAUCAGCAUAUCAGCCUCACAAUUUUUGCUGCCUUUUCUCCUUUACAUAUUUUUCAUAAACAAAAUAACAGAAGGCCUAGUUAACUUAUUUUGUGCCUUGCUUGUGUUUUGGCAGCGAUUUUUUUCCCUCCGCUUCAAUUUUUGAGGUAUUUUACAUUCAUUUGUACAUAAUAUCCGAAUGUAUAGUUAUUUCACCAAAUGAAGUGAAAUAAGAAACUAUGAAAGUAUUUGUCAUCAAAUUUAAUAAGAUGAUUCAUGUGAUUCCUCCA